CGGGGUGGGGGAGGUCUGGCAGCUCUGCAUGCUGGGAACUGUAGUCUUCGGAAGCCGAGAGCGGGUUGAUUGGUUAAUAUUGUUGUGAGUAAAGACGACAUCGCGGCAGGCGGAACCGGGAAGAGAACAAGUGUUUGGGCCGCGAGGAAUGGACAAGCUGAAGCGGGUUCUGAGCGGGCAGGAAGCGGAGGAACCGGGGCCGCUGGCUGAGGCAAUUGAUGCAACUUCCUUAAGCUGGGGCACAAGACUGAAAGCCUUCAUAGCUUGUUUUGCUAUAGGAGUUCUGUGUUCCAUUCUGGGUACUUGCUUGCUAUGGAUUCCCAGGAAAGGACUAAUAUUGUUCGCAGUAUUUUAUACACUUGGGAAUAUCUCAUCCCUUGGAAGCACCAUUUUCCUUAUGGGACCUAUGAAGCAACUGAAAAGAAUGUUUGAACCUACUCGGUUGAUAGCUACUAUUGUUAUGCUUUUGUGUCUCAUAUUAACUCUCUGUUCAGCUUUCUGGUGGCACAACAAGGGACUUGCCCUCAUCUUCUGUAUCUUGCAAUUCUUUGCCUUGGCAUGGUAUAGCAUUUCCUACAUACCAUUUGCAAGGGAUGCUGUGAAGAAGUGUGCUGCUGCAUGUCUCACAUAACAGGAGAGCAAGAUAAGUUUCAUCUCCAUACACUGAAAUGUCACACUGAGGACUAGAAGACCUGCACAUGCUCUUCUUGGAACAAAGCCUAUUAAACUUACUAAGUAAAUCUAUGAAGCAUCGAACAAAGCUACAAACUAUAUUCUAUUCAAGGAAAAUGACUUUUGUGAUUAUAAAGGCCAAGAUCAACCAGGCAUUCCUUUCACUUAGCUGUUGCAUUAGUUUGACACACAGUUGUCUCAGUUAUGCUGUUUUGUUCGUGAAAUGCGUAUUAUAAUUCCAGAGAGAUGUGAUUACAAAUAACUGCUUCCUAAUCUGGCAAAUUCCUGUUUUACACAGCCAAAAGAGCAGCUUUCACACUGGGACUUGUAGCUAAGAAUAUGGUGGAUUUUCUGGGGGGACACACAAAGCUCUUUUCAUGGGGUGUGUGUGUGUGUGUGUGUGUGUGUGUGUGUGUGUGUGUGUGUGUGUGUGUAAUCACUUCUUGGUUCCUAAACUCCUUCUCUUGUAACAACAAUCAUGUAUGGGAACUUGGUAGAACUAAGUUAACUAGAACUGUUUUCUAAGCUAAUAGCUGAUGUGAUUCUUUAUCAUAGUAGAACUAGGAAACAUAAUAGUGAGUGUUGCUGGGCCACCAACAGAACUAGUAAUAUGCAAGGGAGGGAAAAAUGCAUGUGGGAAUAAUAGAUGGAUUUUUUUUUAAAUUUCUCCCAGCAGUUUACUACAUUCCAUUUAUGGUCUUAUAAAAUGCAACCUGAAGUAAUGUUAAGACUUCUGCCUUAGUGCUGACAUUGCCUCAUGAAUAUUUGCUGCCUCUUGCUGUUGAUGUUUCACUAGAUUUCCCCUGCACAUUCUGUCAUUAGAAUAUCAUGUUCCUUUUUAAAGUUGGUGAAAUAUAACCUGAAAAGAGACACCUCAUAUUCUUAAACUUUUUUCCCCUUCCACUUUGCCUCUUAAUACUUGAUUUUUGUUCACAUUGCUGGCAUAGCUCAGUGGGGUUUGUCUUGUUUCUUUUUUUCUGGUUUCUCAAUGAAUGAUUGUCUAUAGAACAAUCUUGGCUAUCCAGCUGUUGCUGAACUACAACUUCCAUUAUUCCUAGCCAUCAGGGGAUGGGAGUUAUCAUCCAGCAACAGCUGGAGAGCCAAGUUGCCUACCCUUGUCCUAUAGUGAUUGGAGAAGGCUAUUCUCAGGAGUUGGAAAUCCUUGCUACGUGUCUUUUCUUGGAUUCAAAUCUCAAAUUUUUGUAACAAGGAAUUGAUGUACCUCCCCUACCCCCAAGAAAUACUAUACAAUUGCUUCUGAGUAUUUCAUUACGAUUUUUGUUGAUGCGAUUUUCACUUCUUUCAUGCUUGUGUUACAACUGUUUGUAUGUGAGGUGUUUUGGGGAAAGCAUAAGCUGCAGGCAUCCACUUCCAAAAGAAAGGAGUCACUAACUAAAUUCAUCACAGUAAGUUGUGGGACCAAUCCCUCUGUAGAGGGCUUGUAAUCAGCUUCUGGGACCAAGUCUGUUUCUGUGCUUUUGUGCCUCUUACUCUGAAUUCUCUCAACAUUUGGAAGGGAUUCGUGCUGUGUAUCUGAACAUAGAUGUUUUCCUGUACAUCUUGAGAGUACCAGAAUUUAAGCCCAACUUCGUAUACACUGAGUUAUACAUUUUGUAUCUAAUUCGCAAACUGCAACCUUUUCAUUGUGUUGUCAGCUAUUCAUAACUAGGUUUUUAAAGCUUAAUUGUGUUCUGCCCCACUGCCAAAGAAGCAGAACUGGCAAAAUUAUUCACUUAUGACGUAAUUAUUUUAAGGACAGGAUUCGAGUUCUGCAGGAUGUUAUAAGCUACAAAAAUAAGUGUUUGGAACGUUUGAUGCAAUCUUAACCACUUUACAAUAAGCAGUUGGAAGAACACAGACUUGAUCUGUAAAUCAUGUAUGCACUGAAUAUGAAUGAAAGGGGGUGGGGAAAAUCAAACCUCAAAUAUAUUUAAGUUGGGAAGACAGUACUUUGUUUCAAGAACUCAUAAGCAUGCUGCUAUUUGGAAUCUGUGUGUGCUUUGUUUCCCACAUGGUGCUAUGUCCAGUAUCAUUACCACUUCUAUUUACAUACUGAACUGCCCAGAGAUACACAUGAUACUUGGGAAGACAUAGCAUAGGUCUGUGGGUCAUUCACAUGCUCUCAACGUUCACAUGUCAAUUGGUACAGUAUCACCAUAUAUCUUUAGCAUGAGGUGGCAUUCUGCUUUAGUGCAGGGUCUUACUCCCACAUCCCUUUCUUGGUUAGUAUUGGGCAAGGUGGUUAUUGUUGCCAGUUAAACCAAAUAAACUGUUGUAUCAUUGAAAAUUAGGAUUUCAUCUGGUGUGGCAUUUCCCACCACAUUGCUGUACCGAUGGAAAAAGGCAGGUUGAAGUUUCUUAAAGAUACAGGAACCCUUUGAGGACUUGGAAACCUUAUUUAUUGCAGAUGUAUUUUUCACAGAUCAAUAUUGCUGUGUAGUGGGAAAGGGUGACUUUAAAUUAUGAUCCGUAUACUUAGCCUGGAAAUUCUUGAAGAAAAAGUGAUGACGUUUAAUUGCAUGGGGCUUUUCCAAAGAAUGAAGGAUCUGAAUCCUUUCAGGUCAUGUUCAGAUGUCGAUUUAGAUCACUUUGUCAGCUUGUCUUUUAGGCUGCAGUCAGAAUGGUUUCUUCAGAAACCUGGAUGUGGUUUGAAAGAGAGAUUGCUGCCUGUAGCAUCUACAUUCAUCCUGUAUUUGCUUCUGGAAAAAUGGUUUUUGUGUUCCAGAAAACUGCAAAAUUUGUUUGACCUAGAGGAAAUGGUGAGAUAAAAGAAAUACCUGCAUGCACACCAUGGGGAUACAACUGUCUCAAAAAUGUCACUACCCUCACUUGUUUGAUCUGCAGAUGUUUGGCAUUCUCUUAAAUUUUCUUCUUAAAAUUCAUCCUCAAGUUGAGUAAUUUUCAAAACUUUAACAGCUAUAUUUGUUGUAGGUUUCUUUCACCUCAAAAUUUCAAGCGAUUUUUCAAUUACAAAUUUGUUAAUUGUGUUAGUGUAAAAGCCAGCUUACAUUGUUAUUCAUUCUUAUAGCUUAGCACAGUUUCUGAGCUAAAUGUGCACUAAAGGACUAGGGCCCAGCUGUCAAACAUCUUGAUAUCGUUGCAUGGCACAAAUUCCAGGAACGUUCCAUACUGUCUAUAGACUUUUGCAUGUUGAAACAGGUUAAUUCAUCUAUUCUAAGCUCCCCCCUCAAAACACACAGACACAGACACACACACACACACACACACACACACACACACACACACACACACUAUGCUUAUACUAUCGGAGCAUAGUUAUUCUGAUUGGGCAGCUUAUUUCUACAGUUUUUCACAAUACUAUUUAGUUAAAACCAUUGUUUGCCUUAAUCACAGUGUGUUGGUGGUGCAUCUUAAGGCUCUUCAGCUACUAAAUACAAAGUGAUCUCUCCAAGAUAUGUGGUGUGGAUUAUUUUGUUUGGGUAGCUUUGGCAGGAGACUGGGGAGAAACAAAGCAAACAUAAGAAAAAGUGCCUGACUCCACAAUGUAAUGUGGCCACAUUAACAGGGAUUUUUGUAAUAAGUGUCUUAUUUUUCAAUGUGAAUGUCUCACUUUUGUACAAUUCUCUUGUUUGCUAUUGUACCUUUUUGUAUACUGGUUGCUUUGUCUGCCUCAAGAAAAAUACCUCUUUGAACAUCUCUUUACUAUACUGACUGUAUCCCUUCUACAAUAAAGCUGGUUUCUCAAAA